AUCAGAGUGUCUGCGACUCUUGACUUGCCCGCGUGCCUCGUUUCCUUCCAUUUGUUCUCUCCUGCGGCCGGCGCAUUCUGGAGCAGUAGUUGACCUCAUGGAGCUGUCAAAGUCAGCAAUCCGGAGCCUUCCUCGUCGCUAUCGCGGAUUCUCACCCGCCGCCCGACAUGACGACCUCGCCGCCGCUCUUGUAUGCUCGCCCAUGGCAAUAUGGAGUCGAAGACAGUUCACAAGCAGUUCAAGACGAUACUUGCCUGGCCCUCCAGGACUCGGCAUGGGCGGUUCAUCAUCACCACCAACCUAUUUCCAGCGACAGACGAGCUUACCUGCUAAUACAAUAAUCCGCUUCGUACCUCAACAGACUGCUUGGAUCGUGGAGCGCAUGGGAAAGUUCAAUCGUAUACUGCAACCUGGGCUGGCAAUUCUAAUGCCAGUCAUCGACCGCAUCGCAUACGUCCAAUCUCUAAAAGAAUCGGCCAUCGAGAUUCCGAGUCAAAGUGCCAUCACCGCAGACAACGUCACGCUAGAGCUGGAUGGUGUGCUGUAUACGAGGGUCUUUGAUGCAUACAAAGCGAGCUACGGCGUCGAAGAUGCUGAAUACGCCAUUUCGCAAUUGGCGCAGACGACGAUGCGGUCCGAGAUCGGUCAACUCACCCUAGAUCAUGUCCUAAAAGAAAGAGCGAACCUCAACCAGAAUAUAACACAAGCUAUCAAUGAAGCCGCUCAGGAAUGGGGAGUUGUAUGCCUAAGAUACGAGAUCAGAGAUAUCCAUGCGCCGGAGGGAGUUGUGGCAGCCAUGCACAGACAAGUCACGGCCGAACGGUCGAAGCGAGCAGAGAUUUUGGAGUCCGAGGGUCAAAGGCAGAGUGCUAUCAAUAUUGCAGAAGGUCGAAAACAGUCUGUCAUCUUGGCCUCAGAAGCUCUGAAAGCCGAACAGAUCAACAUGGCAUCCGGUGAGGCCGAAGCUAUUCUAUUAAAGGCGGAGGCGACUGCACGCGGUAUCGAUGCUGUCGCCAAUGCCAUCAAACAGGGUGAAGGAAGCGCCCAGAAUGCCGUGAGCUUGAGCGUAGCUGAGAAAUAUGUCGAGGCAUUCGGCAGGCUGGCCAAGGAAGGUACUGCAGUCAUCGUCCCGGGCAAUGUCGGAGAUAUGGGCGGUAUGAUUGCCAGUGCAAUGGCAGUCUAUGGUAAGGUGAAUGAGAGUCAGGCCAGGAGUAACGCCGCCAAGACGAUUGCGCAUGAAUCUAAAGAAGAGUCAAAGGACGUCGGACAGCGAGUACUCGAGGCUGCCCAACAUGGUGACGCCAAAGAUGUUGCAGAAACCGUCCUCGAAGGAUUUGAGGCGACGAGACAGCGAAAGUGAGAUAUCACAAGAAUCUGUGAGUGGACUGCGUGGUUAUUACGGCAGAAGGGAGGAAAUGUCAACUCAUUCACAAUCCAGCACUAGUACUUGCAUGUAUCAUCAGCCAAAGGGAUUCAAAAGUCGGUAACAAUAUAAGGCAUUAUGAGUAUGA